AUGGCAACCCUCUGCGGAGAGCAGAUCCACGGGGAAGUGCAGGAUUACUACGGCAAAGAGCUGCAGAAGUCAGAGGACCUGAAAACCAGUGCGUGCGUCACCUCGGCCAGGACCCUUCCCAAGGCGGUGAGAGAGGCUUUGGAGCGCGUCCACGAAGAGGUGGUGGCCAGGUACUACGGCUGUGGUCUGGUGAUCCCCGAGUGCCUGACGGCGUGCCGGAUCCUGGACCUGGGCAGUGGCAGCGGCAGGGACUGCUACGUGCUGAGCCAGCUGGUUGGGGAGCGGGGCCACGUCACCGGGAUAGACAUGACUGAGGGCCAGGUUGAGGUGGCAAAGAAGCACAUUGCGUACCACAUGGGCAAGUUUGGCUACCGAAAGCCGAACGUGGAGUUCCUCCAGGGCUACAUAGAGAAGCUGGGUGAUGCUGGGCUGGCUGAUGAGAGCUACGAUAUCGUCAUCUCCAACUGCGUGAUCAACCUCACCCCUGACAAGAGGACCGUGCUGCAGGAGGCCUUUCGUGUGCUGAAGCAUGGGGGAGAGAUGUACUUCAGUGACAUCUAUGCCAGCCAGCGCCUGAAUGAGACUGUCCGGAAGCACAGGGUGCUGUGGGGGGAGUGUCUGGCGGGAGCCCUGUACUGGGGAGACCUCUACAGCAUUGCUGAGGAGGUGGGGUUCAGUCCCCCAUGCCUGGUCACCGCCAGCCCCAUCACCAUUGGCGACAAGGAGCUGGAGGGCAUCAUUGGCGACUGCCGCUUUGUCUCCGCAACUUUCCGCCUAUUCAAGGUGCCAGGUAGCAGCCGGGCCGGGCCGGGUCAGGUCAUCUACACUGGCGGGAUCGUGGGGCAUGAGCGAGAGCUGGUGUUUGACGCCAACUUCACCUUCAAGGAAGGAGAGGUGGUGGAUGUGGAUGCUGAGAUGGCUGCAAUUUUGCGGAGCUCCAGGUUUGCAGAGAAGUUCCUGAUCCGAGCUGGUGGGGCCAACACUGCUGCUCCGCAGGGAUGCUGUUGCAGGAGGGUAAAGGAGAAGAUCUGCGAUCCCUUCCAACUGCUGGAGUGGCCGGUGGCCCCGCGUCCUGCCUGCCAACCUGGUGGCACUUGUGGUCCCCCGGGGUGCUGCUGA